AUGCUGGCCAUCACCGAUCUGGUCGUGUCUACGUCCAUCCUGCCCAAAAUGCUGAGCCUCUUCUGGUUCAGUGCUAGGGAGAUCAGUUUCAGUGCCUGCCUCACCCAGCUGUAUGUCUUUCACUCCUUCUCAGUGAUAGAGUCAGGAAUCUUCGUGGCCAUGGCUUUUGAUUGCUAUGUGGCCAUUUGUGAUCCCCUGAGACAUGCAACCACACUGACAAACCCUGUGGUGGCUAAGAUCAGCCUGGCCAUGGUGCUGCGUGGCAGCAUGCUCGUAUUACCCUACCCCUUCCUGUUGAGGCGGUGGCCAUAUUGCAGAACCAACGUCAUCCCUCAGCCAUACUGUGGCCACAUGGCCGUACUGAAGCUGGCCUGUGUCGACAUCCGCAUCAGCAGUUACUAUGGCCUCUUUGUACUAUUCUGUGUGAUGGGUCUAGAUGUCAUUUUUAUUAUUUUGUCCUAUACUCAGAUCCUCAGGGCCAUCUUCUCCCUCCCCACAAAGGAUGCUUGUCUCAAGACUUUGGGGACCUGCAGCUUCCACUUAUGUUCCAUCUUAGUCUUUUACAUCCCAGGUCUAUUCUUCUCUCUCUCUGACCGGUUUCACCAGAAUGUGCCCCUGCAUUUCCACGUUCUCAUAGUCAAUGUGUACUACUUGAUGCCCUCCAUGCUGAACCCCAUCAUCUAUGGGGUGAGGACCAAACGGAUCUGGGGCAGGGUGCUCUGGCUCUUUACUCAUAAACGGACUUAA